UUCCGUGUUGUCGGACGUUCUUCGUCGUCGUUGUCCGUUUUGUUUCGUUUAUCGUCGUCGCGUCAGCCGUCGUAGUUUUUUUACCGUCACGCAAACGAUUUUAAUUUUUCGAUCGAACGGUGAAUGUGUUUUUUGAUUGUGCCAUCAUAAAUAAAAGCUGAAUACCGAUACAGUGCUGAAAAUAUAAUAUUGACAUUCAAUAAUAUCGUGUCCGUCAUCGUACCCGCAACUUUUGGAUUAUAUCUCGCUGGUGGACAGAUCACCGAAACGUGGAAUAUUCACCAAAAAAAGAUCCGAGUGAGCACUGCACGCACGUUUUAUUCAUGCGUGUGACCUAGUAGUGGAAGGGACUCCUCUUGCGUAUGAUGUAAAAAACCAAGUGGACCGGACACGAAGAGUAUAACACACCCGUUCGGGAGAACCAUGUGUGGUCAGGGUAGAAACCGGCCUGGACCUGUGGCCAUGUUUACGUUACUGCUUGUACUCGUCAACGUCCAAGCAGGUUUCGGGUCUUCGUCGGAAACAGGUGGCGGUGGUGGAGAAGUUGACGAGGGGUCAUACUUGCCGGGUGGUGACACUCUCAUGCACCCGGUGACGGCGUCCAGUUUGGACGCUCCCGUCCAACUUCCGAUAUUCCUCGAAGAACCGAUGGAUGCGUACGUGAUCAAAGGUAAACCAGCCUCGCUUACUUGCAGGGCGGCUCAUGCGUUGACCGUACACUUCCGAUGCAAUGGCGACCGGAUCGAAGAUACUAUGGGUCCUGUAGUAACCGACUUCGUGGACCCGCAGACCGGCGUCCGGAACGUGGAAGCUAUUGUAAACAUCACCAGGAACCACGUAGAAGAGUAUUUCGGAAAGCACAACUAUCAGUGUCAGUGCGUGGCUUGGACUUCGCGCGGAGAGAUCAUUAGCAGACCAGCCAACGUGGUCGUAGCUUACCUGAAAAAACCGUUCACGUCAGUUCCGUAUUCAGUGAGUGUGGAAACGGACCGAAACGUUGAGCUUCGAUGCUUGCCGCCGGACGGCGUUCCACCACCCCGGGUGUAUUGGCUGCGGAACAACGUGCCGAUCGAACCGGACAAUAACAUGAUCGUGUCCAGCGAGGGAAACCUGUUGAUCGGCCAGGCUCGACUACAGGACACGGCCAACUACACGUGCGUGGCCGAGAACGUGGCGGCCAAGAGGCUCAGUGACCCGGCGUUACUCACAGUCUACGUGAACGGAGGCUGGUCACCGUGGUCACAGUGGUCCGAAUGCAGUUCCCGGUGCGGCAAAGGGCAGCAGAAAAGGACCAGAGUGUGCAACAACCCGGUGCCGCUCAACGGGGGCAAACCCUGCCCAGGGUCGGCGGUGCAUAAGGCCGAGUGCACUUCGAUCUGUCCGGACGGCGAAUACAGUGACACCGUAGCCGAAGAAGCCGUCGACGGUCAUUGGUCGGCGUGGUCGUCGUGGUCGCCGUGUGGUCCGGACUGUCGUCAUCAUCGAACCAGAACUUGUACCUCCCCGAGCCCCUCGAAUGGAGGAAGAUACUGUGUAGGUCGAGACUCGUCAACUGGAAACUGUUCAGGAGGAUCUUGUAUCGGUGGCAGAGAUGACCCUGUGAAUUAUGAUGAUGAACAAUUCACCGAGGAAGCGGCUACUAAAUCGGCAGUGGAGACAGAUGUGGCGCUGUACGUGGCACUCAUAGCCGCCUCCGUACUGCUUGCUGGCAUGGUACUGUUGUUCCGACUGUACAAGAACAAAGGCCGGGAUCACAGCAUGUACAACAUGGCCAACUCAGAUUUUCAACCGGAAUUUUUCCCAGACCAAGAGAAAAAGACUUACUCUCUGGAAUGCCAUUCACGGAACGGUGGCUGCAACCAUUUCCAGCAAACGCAACCAGACCUAACCAGAACCGUAGUAGUGGUACCGUCGUGCUACGAGUACCCGUUUACCAAUGACCAAAAUGCGUACAGCUUGACUAGGUCUUGCUCGGAACACCAUUAUGACGUGCCCCAUCACAAUGGAGGUGGCGGUGGCGGUGGCAGUUCAACGGUUACUACGGCCAUCAUGGCACCGCCGGUUCCGUCUGUGGCCCCAGACAGUCCGAAUGCGCUUUCGUCUAGUCCCGAAUCUAGUCACAGCUUGACCAGCUAUACUUGUUCGAGCAAGUCCCAGUCAGACUCAAGUGGCAUGGCAUGCCAUUGCAAAGACUACUUGUGGAUGAAAGAGACUGCUGUGACAUCGACAGGUUGUCGUUUAGAGUGCAAAGAGUACGGGUUGUCGCUGACUAUUCCCGAAGGAGCCGUCGCUAAGUCUCAAAAGGAACCCGUACUGUUUGCCUUAUUACAAGACGAAUACAAGCCGAUACUCUCCGACGGGCAAACGCAGUUAAGUCCAGCGGUGAUGUGUGGCCCUAACGGAAAGAGCUUCAAGAAACCAGUAAUCGUCGGAAUGCGACACUGUGCAAGUCUGAUGCAAGGGCCCUGGGUGAUUUCAGUGCUGAGUUGUGACAUGCCCCUGGGCACGAAACCUAAAUGGAAGAAAAUUCUGACGUUGGGAGAGGAAACGAUCAAUACAUCAGUGUUUGUGCAAAUGGAUGCAGAACAUGUGUAUUUGAUGAGCGAAACGCUGUCAAAGUUUGUGUUGGUUGGCGAACCGGACUUGACGGUAGUUAGCAGUCCACCCGCCAAGACGCUUAAAGUGGUCCUGUUUGGAUCGCUGAAUCGAAAGUUUAAGUACGAUAUCCGGGUUCACGUGGUCGACGAUAACGGCGUGGCUUUAGAGCGGCUGAAACACCAUGAACGCAGUGUCAGUGGAGGCGUUAUGUUGGACAAAUCCAAGUCGAUAUGCUUUCAAGAGGGUGGCGGCAACCUAGUGGUUACCGUAGACGACAUUGGCGCCAAUUGGAGGAGUAAGCCCCAAGACAAUUAUAAGGAGAUCCCUUUCCAGACCCUAUGGAACUCGGGCGGCCUUGCGGUGUUCUCACUAGAGCCGUACGAACAACAGUACCCGGACUCAUGGGUGAAUGUUUCAUGUAGAGUGUGCGUAUCACAAACUGCAGCCACUGGGUCGCUGCGUAACGUUAAGCACACAUUUAAGGUGAACCAGGACCCGAAUAGCCUAUCAUCCGUCGGCCAUCAGCCUAGACAGCCGAGGACAGUGACCAGCACUACAGGCAGCGGAUCUAGCGUCACUUCGUGCGAUCCAACGCCAUUUCGAUUCAGUAAAGUCUUACGUAAGCAACUCUGUCAAUGUUUAGAUCCACCAAAUUCUAGGAGCAACGACUGGAGGAUGUUGGCUCAACGGCUCUCCAUGGACAGGUAUAUUAACUAUUUCGCGGUCAAGCCCAGUCCCACCGACCAGAUAUUGGACCUGUGGGAGGCCCGACACAGGGAGCCCACGUCCGUCACGGACCUGUUGAACGUGCUGAGACUGAUGGGACGCACGGACGCCGCCUCGCUGCUGGAACGCGAACUAGGCCCGUGGCUGUGAGCAGCACGGGGAGCGGCAGCGGGCUACGCUCGUCCCCGGCCGCCGACACCGACGCCACCACCACCGCCACCAUUAGCAGUUCCUACGACGCAUAUUUUUUUAUAAGUCUCCACGCCAUGCGAUUUAGUUUCUUUAUUUUAUGUUAUUAUAAGAGUUUUUUUCUUCAAAAUUUUACGUGUACAUUUUCUUGUUUUUGUUUGUUCAUUAUAUU